UAUUUAUUUUUAUGAAUGAAUGGCACGCUCCUUGUGACGCCAUCAACCAAUGAGCCGCACCUGCAGCCGCCUGCAACAACAAGAGGUGCCCACGCGCUCGUCGUGCAGUCUCAGCUGGCAGACUGGGAAGCAGCAGGUUCGCUCGGCCAAAUACGCGAACACGAUCACGUCACGUCCGACCUUUCGAGCACGAUGGCUUUUAAAGGCAGCAACGGCGUGGCGGUGGAGAGACGCGUCGAUCUGGCGUCCCUCUUCUGCAUGAUCGGACGACACGGUCCCGCCGUGGCUCUGGCCGUGUUCGCCUUGGUGUCCGUGCUGGCGGGCUUCGUCAUCUACAGGACUGUGAGGGGGAGGAGAAGGAGGAAGAAGGCUACGGAGGGCGAGACCGACCGAGCCGAAGGAAAGAGUUCCUCCAAGGAGACUGACGAGGCGGUGACGCAAGCUGGACUGGAACUGCAAACGUGUGUGGCUUCAACAGAUGUUUGUGAUGUGACAAAAGAGGAUGGCGAGCCCACUGAGACUCUUCUAAAAGUCAGACGUCGUCCUGCUGCAGCUGCGGAAAAGAGCCGAUCAACCUGUGCACCUGACGUUCAAAUGCCAGUCAACAAACAUGCUACAUCACAACAGAUGCCCCAAGUGGAGCUUGUGCCAUCGUCACUUAAGGAAGGCCAGGUGUACACGGAAGAGCCCAUUUUGAAUCUCCCAAAUGUUGAAGCAGAAAUACGAGUGGACCCUGCUACUGCUUGUCAACUAUAUUCUACAGAUGAUGGAAUUAAGGAAGAAGCGAUUUCAGAAGGAACCUUGAAGGAGCCUACACCCGUUUGUGAUCAGAUCUGCCAUGAAGAAGUAAGCAAUGCAAAAAACCAAGGAGACAAAGCAGUGACCUCAGAUGAGGAUAAUUCUGACAACAAGACAACCGCACAAGAGGAUAAUGCUCAGUCUUUAUCAAGUGACUUAGUGCACUUAAAGCAAACAUGUCAAAUUGGAGAUGAGGAAGAUCUCGACAACCAAAACAAAACCACAGCAGAGACUACAACAGGGGAGCUUAACAUAGAAGAAUAUGGUAUUUCAACAGACAAGAGCGGAAAUGAUGACUUUGAGGAGGUGAUUCAGCAAGAUAGUGCAGAACCAAAUAAAUAUUACUGUGAUCAACUCGCUCAUGAAGAGGGAAAGAAACAUGUCAUCACUGAAGAAAAGGAGAAAGUGGGUGACGGCAAAAAUAAUGUGGCAAGUGAAGCAACUGAAUCAAAUUUAGAUUGCUUGAACAACACAGCUGUUGAUUUUUAUACUGAGUUGGAUAAUCCACAAAUCCAGGUUGAGCAUCAAGAGGCACACAGCCUGAAUAGCAACCAAGAGAUGGACAUCCUUCCUCAUGAAAGUGGGCUAAUAGAGAGUUACAAUAUUGUCAGCAGUGAGGAUGAUGACUGUUCAAGUCUACCACCUAUUGAUGGCAACGAUAUUUCGGGUAUCAGCUCUGAAGGAGUCCAAACUGACUCAAUUUCAAACAUAGCAACUCAUGAUCAGCAAGCACAGAAAGUUCCCAAUGUUGACAUAGAUGAAACUCCAAAGUCGUGGGAUGAAAAAGUUACAACCACAAAGGAAGGUGAGGCACCUGUUAUCCAAGUAUGCGAAACACUCAUGUUGUCAUCUUAUGAAGCUCAACCAAGUGUUGAGGAACCUGAGAAUGCUUUGAAAAAAGCAAGCAUUGUUCUGGUUCCCAACUCGCCUUCUGACAAUGAAGCAUCAAUCGACGAAUACAAUUUUGAGAAGACUAAAACUUUGGAGGAGCCUAGGUUUGACAUGGUACAUGACAUGGAUGGAAAGGAGGAGGCUUCUAUUGAGGAACAAAAUGAGGAAAGUGCAGACCAUUUUUCCUUUGUCGUCUCUGCUCCUGUUCCUGUCGUGACUGAAGAUAUCGCGAACACACCCAAGCUUCAAAUUUCCUUACCCCUCUUUGAGGAAAGUGAGCUAAGGGCUGACAACAUCUGUGGUGGGGGUGAAGAAAGUGGGAUAUCUAGCAUGGCUGUCAGUCCUGAAGUGCUCGAUUCUGAAAAUAACUUUCCUGUGAUGGAUCAUGUGCCACAGCCUGACAUGAAGCUGGAGCCUCAACUUUUGGUUGAGGAUGCAACUCCAUUCGUCUUGGAAGAAGAUAUCGCGGUGCAUGAGCCUCACGUAGCUCAACUGCCAAACCAGCCAUGUAUUCAGAUCAAUCAACCAAACAAGGACAUUUUUGUUCAUCAAAGUGAAGAAUGCAUCCAAACAGGGAUGGGUCGUUUUACAGAACUGGCCCAAGUUGAUGAAUGGAAAAGAGAGAUGGACAUGAAAGUUGGCAAAGUAACAGGUGCUAAAGAGAAAUUGGAAUGUGCAGAAAACAAAGAGGAAGAUGGCCAAAAGGACGAGGACAAUGCAAAGACUGAAAUAAACAUCAUGGAGGCAACUAUGGACCAUAAUGAGUGGAUCACAGAUAGUAACCCAAACUUUCCCUGGUUGAAUCUAUCUGUGGCAUCAUUUGGUGGUGAGAACCAAACGGCAAGCCAGCAAAUUCCCCUUCAAGAAUCCAACCACCCAGAUCUUGAGCCUCAAUCUGAUGCUGAAGUCAAACAAACUCAUGCAUAUGAUUUUGAAGAAAACACGAUAAGUAAAAGAGUCAAUGUGACCUUCCGCGUCCACUACCUCACCAAUUCACCAUUGCAGAUGUUGGCUGUAACUGGGAACCAGCAGGAACUUGGCAACUGGAAGGAUUUCACCCCUCUCGAGUGUGACCUGGAUGGAUACUGGGCAGCUGUGGUGAGCCUACCUGCUGAGAACCAUGUGCAGUGGAAGUUUGUAGUAGUAGAAAAGGGGGAAGUGUGUCGCUGGGAAGAAUGUGGCAACCGGCUGCUCAAUACAGGAUGUGGUGAAGACUUGCUUGUGCAUAAAUUGUGGGGAUACCUGUAAAAGCCACGGGGAAGUCAUAAUGACACCUAUUUCACAUUGGCACCUACAACUUACUGCAAUUGGUCCUACACGACAUUAUAUUGAUAUCUUAACUAAUAUUGUUUUGUUUUUUUUUAAUACAAAAUAAACUAAUUUUCUGUAUUUCAAAUAAUACUUAUAUGAGCAGUUUUUUAAAUUACGUGAAUUUUUCACAAUUUUGGAGCGGAAUCCCACUGAUAACAUUUGUAAAGUUAAUGAUUAAAUCUUCAGAGCCUAUGGGUAUUUGGCACAUGUGCAUCACAUUUAUACUCCAACUUGAUGACACAUGCGAAGAGGCUACAAUAGAUGUCCUCAUCAAGGUACUUUAUAUACAGCAAUUUGAUUUCAAAUGUUUUAUCAUAUACAGUGUAAAAGUAGCAAAUGCAAUCCUACUCCAUCUACAUGAUGAUGUUCUAUUCAAAUUAGCAGUAAUGUUUUAUUGCAAGUAUCCAUGCACGUCUUUGUGGUUUAUGCUAUGGACACAUGCACACUGUUAAACGUUAAUAGAGAUAUGUGCAAGCAAUUUAUUGAUUAUUCUCAUCGAUGUAGGGAUGCAUUAUCUGUUGUUUCAUAAACACAUUUAAAAAGUCUGGAUUACCUAUAGUAUUCAUAUUCAAACGCAAUACUGCGUGCGAGAUUUAUGCAAUUAGCAUAUUUAUAAACUUGGUUAGGUACGGUGCAAGUAUAAUUAACAAUAAUUUGAAGACUGGAAUAGCUGCUUGAAUAUGUCCAGUAUGAAAAAAUGUGCAGUUCAUUUUUAUACUAACAUUAAUAAUUAAAGCAAUAAAAGGUGUGCAUCAAUGGGGAGAUAUUAUAGACUAGAAUGAUGCUGCUUUUUUACCAAAUGCAUGUCCCAUUGUUGCUCUAUAUACUAGUGCCUUGUUAAAUAUUCCAACCCCCCCCCCCCCCCCCCCCCCCCAAUCCUAUUAUUUUUAAUGUCUUGAGCAUUCUUAAUAUUAUGCAAUAUUGUGAUCUUAUUCCUGGAUGUAUGUAAAGAAAUGUUGUUUGAAAUGUCUCAGUAAAUGCAUUAA